UACGACAUGGUGGCACACAUGUAGCUACGCUAAUGAGAAAUCAACAUAGCCAACCGUCUUUUGUUCGUCUGUUUGGUCACUCUUAUUCAUGUGGGGCUAAUAAAUCACAACGCUUGCUUCUGCGGAUCCAUCAGUACGAAUCGCAAUUUUCCACUAAGAAACCAAACGGCAGCAAUAUGCUACCUUCGGCGCAGUCCCGACUGGUGGUUCCGAUAGUUCUUGUAGGUCUUCAUCUCACCCUGACCACGACGAUGAUCGACUUCGAAGAGGCUGUGAAUCUCCCAAAUUGGUUGACCAACGAAAGCAUCCUAGUUCAAAUUGACGCCAUCUUCAAUCGUAUCUCACACAUCGAUUUUGUGCUGGAUGAUCGUUCGAUCGAUCGUGUACAACAGAUGGACCAUCUUGUGAAGCAACUCCACACCAACGACGGACUUUUACGAGGAAAAUCGAUACGAAUCUAUCAGGAUACGGAAGGCGAUGGCUUGAACGGUGUGGAUAGUUGCGCUACUGUAGUCGAUCACGAGGAAGACGAUGAUGUUGAACUGAUUCAUUGGGAUCGAGCGUACGAUUCGUUUGCGAAGACCUGGGGUCAAAAUAAAUACAAUGGGUAUUUGGUGUUUGGAAAUUGGCAGACCUUUGAUCGGCUGGUUGGGUGCUUGCUGGAUCCGAUAGGGACUUAUUUGGUAGUGGUGGUUGAUCAAAUUGAACCGGCUGAAGUGGCUCAGUUGCUACGAUCGAUCUGGACCAAGGACGGAGCAUUUCGUGUAUUCGCACUGGUCGGGGAUCGCAUGUUUGGGUUCGAUCCGUUCGAAAAGGUGGAAGCCGGGUACGGCAUAUUAAGAGAAAUUACUAAUUCAGAAAAGUUGCCUGAACUACCCACUGUUAACUUUAAUGGCUAUCCACUGAGGAUCGAAAUUUUCUGGUCCUCGUAUUCGGUACCGUUUAACGUGAGUAGACCAUACAACGAUUUUGUCGGCCCGGAUGCCGAAGUUGGCCGCGCGCUUGCCAAGGCUUUGAAUUUCACUCCGGUCUACAUUCGUCCGGACACUGAUAAUUUCGGGAGCAAGCUUCCAAACGGAAGCUUCAACGGAGUAAUAGGACGUGUGUCCCGACGUGAAAGUGAUGUCGCUUUCGUUGGAUUUUUCGUCAAAGACUACUUCAGUCGGGACAUUGAGUUCACGGCCGGGGUGUACGGCGAUGACCUGUGCUGCAUAGUAAAGAAAGCUAGCAGAAUACCGGAAUAUCUGCUCCCAAUUACAAUUUUCCCUUCGGACCUAUGGGGUGUCUUGUUUCUAGUGGGAAUAAUUUUCGCCUUCAUAUGGGUAGCGAUUCGCGGCGCAAUUCGACUAGUUGCUAACGUUCGCAGGCAAUUGAAUCAACGUCAACAAUUAGACGAGUUGUUCAACUUAUCUCUUGAUACUCGUAAUGCUUCCCAUUGUCGAAAAGUGAUUCAGAUAUUUAUCGACACUUACAUCAUUUGGCUGAGUGCACCGUUCGGAAGGUUUAGUCGAUCGGGCGUCGAACGUAUGAUGCUUUUCGGUAUGAUGCUGAUCAGCGUUAUUUUCGUGUCUAUGUUCCAAUCCAGUUUGUCUUCUGUGUUCCUCAAUCCGCUAUACUACAAAGAUGUUGAUACUCUUGAUCAGCUCGAAAAGUCCGGGAUGAAGAUUGUUGUCAAGUACAGAGGAUUCAUGGACGACGUAUUUCCGGCUAACAAUACCCCUACUAUGGACGCACUGCGGAACAACAUGGUCUUCGAGACGUACCCGGGAUCGAUGCCAGCCCGUGUCGCCAAAUAUGGGGGAAUCGCCACGGUCACCCGAAAAUCGACCCUAUCCCUGGAUAAUGCGAUAUACUUAACAACCCAACAGCUCCACAUGGUUCGCGAGUGUCCCCGCAUUUACAACCUGGCUUACGUAGUGGCACACCAUUCGGUGUUUCUAGACCGGUUCAAUGCGAUGAUCAUGAGACUGUUCGACGGAGGUCUGAUUGAACACUGGAUCACGGAGAUGAACUUCAACGUUACCAUCAGGGAUUGGGAACAGAUCAGGAGAUCAUUUGGGACAAACUUUAAAAUCCUGACGCUGGUGGACAUGCAGUUCCCAUUCUAUCUGUUGGCUAUCGGACUGUUUCUAAGCACAAUCGUGUUCAUAGCAGAACUUGUGCAUCACAAAUUGCAACAGACAUGAGACAGAUGCAUACAAUGAAUGGA